AGUCCGCCGCCGACCCUAGUCGCGUACAGACGCGCGUGUUAUAUCACAAGCGGGACGCAACAGUCACGCGAUCGCGAACUUCGAUUCCCUUUUUGUUUAUUUUUCACUUGCGUCCUUCGGUCCGUUUUGUUUUCGUGGCGGCCAAGCAAAGAAACAAAAGGAGGCGGAUGGAUCGAGUGACCGGAGAAGAGUGGUGCGCGCCGCACGGUUAGCUGACACGUUGAGGCCGCACCGAAACGACGAGAAACUACGAAAUCAUAAAACCAAAGCCUCCAGUCAUAUCUUUUCUUUCGAAAAAAAAAAAAAAGACAAAAAAAUAAUAAUAAUAAUAAUAUAAGCACUAUUUUUUUAACCUUUUAACGAUAAAUGUAAUCGUAAAUAGUAUACGCAAAAUCCCAAACAGUACAAAUUAAUUUAAGUCUGAAGCGAUUGGUAUUUACAAUUAUAAGGAGGAGCCUUCAAACGAGAAACCACAAGACAAACAACCAACGACCAGUAUUUACACGUUCCAAAACUAAUAGUAAUCGUUAAACGAGUGCACAAGAUAUUUUAUCGAUCGUUAAUUAACAAAACAAAAAAAACAAAAAAUUUUAAUCGAUACGAAAACACGAGCGUUUUGUAAAGAUCAGCCAAAGAUUUUAUAAGCCCGUAUAAGUAUAAGGUAUCGCUUAUGUUAAAACAAACAUAAAGAACAUUUAUAUAUAUAUAUAUAUAUAAACGAAGAUAUUGUGAUUAGUUUAAGUGCAAACCGGUGUGCCGUAUAACCAUUAGUAUAGAACCGAGGACCUGAAUCCAACGGUGACAGAGUACAAAAAACUAGUUCCAGUUACGAGUGUUCAGUACGAGGAUAUAGAUUAGAGAUAUUUUUUUUGUAAGAGAUAUUGAAGAGUAGCGCGAUGAGGCAACGCCGCGACAACACGUGAUGAGCGAGACUCUUAGGAGCGAGGCGGGCGCGGACGGCGCGCACCUACCGCCCUUCUCCACCUUCGGAGACAUGGCCGACAACGAGCAGCGGAUCCUCACCGCCGACGCGCGACUGCUCGACCCCGCCUGGGAGUACUACGAGCGGACCGGUGACACCGUCUCCGUCAUCGCCAGCCAGCCGCAGUACCGGCCUUGGGAGUCAAUGCCGAUCACGGUCAACUCAAAGGAUGCGAUACUCCGUGCAGGAUUCUCUUCGCCUCUAGACUACCAGUCCGUCACUUUGCAGCCCAUACCUAACAAGCUGCCGUCCUUCCAAAGCCAAUUCCAAACGUUUCCAGAAACGACCGUGAUACCGGAAACCGGGUUGCCGAGCGUGACUCCGGUGCCGGUGACGGCGAGUCCGACGCCGAGUGCGAGCCCUAGUCAUUUAACACAGCUCACGCAACUCACUACCCCGUCGUCUCCGGUUCACCUCACCACCCUGGCUCAAGUGACGCCGUUGUCGACCACGCUGACGACGCUAUCGCCGGUAAACGCUACGACAUUCCACACUUUGACCGCCGUUAACGCCAGAAGCUAUCCCAUAGUGCCGGCCCCCUUGCAGGCGAGGGAGCUGGCUCCAGCGGGCCAGGCGUACAUCGACGACCGGCACAUCCAGCUCUAUCAGCCGAAUAUCGCGACGAUUAACGCGUUUCCAGGACAAAAUGGAAUCUUACAUCAGAACGGAGCGCUUUUACAUCAAAACGGAAGCUUAAUACAAAACAUUCAAAGUCCAACGGUCGUUCAUGUAUUGAAAAACGAGCCUUUCGAUGUUAAGUCACUGCAAGACAAAUACACGCCGAACGGACUGCACCAUAGCAAUUUCCAGAACCCAAUGCUGAUCGAUAACGGCUAUGAUAAGAAAUCGAACGGCUUUGGUAGUGGAUCAUCACCGACGAGGUCCGACUUCAGGAAAAAAGAACGACGGAAAAUGCGUGCGAAUAGUUCUGAAUCAGACUGUUCGAACAUGGAGGUCGGGUCGGAGAGCAGCGGGCAGGUCGCCGCUGUCUCCUCUACGGCGGGAUUCAAGUCGCCCAUGCAUGGAGCUCCGCCGAUGAACACAGGCCCGAUGGAACUGGACGACAUAUCCAGUGAGAAACAGACGAAAAAGAAGAGGAAACGUUGCGGAGAGUGCAUCGGCUGUCAGCGCAAGGACAACUGCGGCGACUGCGCGCCCUGUCGCAACGACAAGUCCCAUCAAAUAUGCAAGCAGCGUCGAUGCGAGAAGUUGACAGAGAAGAAGCUUAUUUUGGCGCCGGACGGAACAUUGCAGACCGUGAAGAGCGAGUCUCGUCGAGGUCGCGGUAGAGGGCGCGCAACGGCCACUCCAGUCUUACAAGACAUCAAGAGCUAUCGCGGCCGCAAGCCACUCGGCGGCACAGCAGGAGUUCCCGGAGCCCCAGGAGUAGCGGUCCCCGGUGUGGCGACCGCCGCGUCACCAAGUCCCGCGCCGCAGACCCCAGCAGCGCCGAGCCCAGCGCCCGCCACCACGCCCGCCAUGAAGCAAGAGCACCCCAGCCAACCUAUGGCACCGAUGCCGUUCUACGCAGGCGACCCUAACAGAUUCCCAACGACGUGGCAGACUGAUCCGUCUCAAGGCUGGCAGAACCAGUUCAUACAGCAGCUUCCCACACAGACGGGUCAGACGACUUUGGAUUACCAAGGAAACCACACUGCCUACGCAACCUCGCCCCACUAUCAGGCUAACACCACGUACACCGUCCAGAAUGUCGCUACAACGUUUGACGUCACAAACAGCACGUAUUAUCAAGCGGGAGUACAGGCUGUCCCCGCGCAACGACCUCCGUCGAACCGGGGUGCCUACACUCCGGUCCCCUCUCCGCGAGCACCUCACUACACCACAGAGUACCAGCAACAAUACGCGCAACAAGCAUCUACGCCCGGCGCAACUUCAGGCACUGAUUCGAGACCAGCCUCGGCCGCUUCUUACCAAAGUAACGCACCAACAGCGGCCACCCCGGUCUAUUCUGUCGGUCAAAACUAUGAACGAUCAGAGUACAGUACGGAGCAUUCAGAGGAAUACAAUAAUUCUGAGAGCGGCACAGGAGAUACGAAUAAUGAAGUGGAAAGACAAGAACAGAACUCGACUAGUGGACAGCAGUCGGGAAACGCCGAGCCUGGAUACCUGCAGGGGAGCAACGGUCCGCGAGCUUCACUCGAUUGUAGCGGGUAUUCGGGCGCUUACAACAGCGGACAGUACAGGGAAAACGGUCAAGUGCAAAAUCAAAACGAAUGGCAGCAACAGUGGCAACACAACCAAAGACUACAAAAUCAACAAAUCCAAAAUCAACAGCAACAAAUUCAGAAUCAACAACAGAUGCAAAAUCAACAACAAUUACAAGCUCAGCAACAACUUCAGAGUCAGCAAAUGCAAAACCAGCAACAACUUCAGAACCAACAGCACAUGCAAAACCAACAACAGAUUCAGAACCAGCAACAAAUGCAAAGCCAACAACAAAUGCAGAACCAGCAACCUAUGCAAAAUCAACAACAAAUGCAGACUCAGCAACAAAUGCAGAAUCAGCAACAGAUGCAGAGUCAGCAACAAAUGCAGAAUCAGCAACAAAUGCAGAAUCAGCAACAAAUGCAGAAUCAGCAACAAAUGCAAAAUCAGCAACAAAUGCAGAGUCAUCACCAACAAUUACAAAUACAAAACCAGCAACUUCAAAAUCAACAAUUACAGCAGCAGAGACAAGAUGAGUCAGAACAGCAAAUGUUUUCACAAUCAGACAGGGUCAAUUUGAACUCGAGACUGAAAACGAUGAUUUUAAAUAAACAAAAUCACAGCCGCGAUGGCACUAAUACGCCGCCGGAUAAAGGGGAUCCCGGAGAGGGACCACCUCGGGACGAUAGGAAGACCGGACCUACUUCCGUCAACGACGAUAGAAAUACUACCGGUCAUUUUUUAUCGUAUAGCCACCAUCUCCGAGAUAAUUACCGCUUAGGCGAACAGGUUUAUCCUGCCGCUGGUAAUUAUUCACAAAGCACUCAUGCUUAUAGCGUGAGUGAGUUCGGAGGUGGUGGCCACCAAGUAUGGGAGGGAGGAACAGAGGCUCUGAGAGGUUAUGAUAAACACGUUCCUAAUAAGAACGUAUCCAAAACUUCUCAGAAAUUACCGUCCUACGCGGACGUUAGAAGCCAAUACGGUGCAUAUACCACCGUAUCGUAUGAGCCGCAUAAAUAUGCAGAGGCAUAUAAUAGUGAUAGCUUAGGUUUAAAUCAGCAAGACAGUAAAGAUUUCCAGUCGAAAAUGCUCAUCGGACCUGUAUCGGAAAUGAACCAACAAAACUGCACCACAACGCAGGACACGAACGCACAAACACGAGCUUAUGAUAGAGAGGCGUACGAUGCAAAAUUUAGACACCCAUCGGCGCCCUUAAUACCAAAAUUAGAGAUACCUGAUAGUUAUCAAUACCACAAAGACGAAAGAUUAAUUAAAACUGAAGUGCAACGACCAGUUAAUCAAAAUACGUAUACGAAACAGAAUGAAAUGUCAAUAAACAGUUUGUACAGGGAUUAUCCUAAUGGAAUAGUAAGUAGGUCACAACAGAAUACAGUUUUACCGCCUAUAUCUACAAUAAAGCAAGAGGGCUUUGCCCAAAGUCCACAGACCUAUCAAAAUUUUCAAAAUUAUCCUUAUCGGAUAGACCAGAGGCCAGACCAAACUGGGUCUUUCGCACAAAUACCUCGAACGCAAGAGAAUAUAGGAUUUCAAAAAUAUAACAGAUCUUACAAUGAAAACAAAGAAAGUAAGUCAACAGAAAACAAAAGUAGUUCAGAUAAAAACACUCCAUCGGAACCAAGAUCUUACUACAUUGAACAGAUCAAAUCUGAACACUCGCCGCCAGGUCACAAAAUAUAUAAGAACAUGAACUACAGCCCGCCGAGAGACGAACCUUAUUUAUUUCCCGGGGACGGAGGGCCGACAGCCAUCAAAAACGAAGUGGGCUACUCGUGUUGUCGACAAGGAUCUACAAAGAAGCCGCCCCCGGAACACCUAAGAGAUGGCGCUUGCCCUGGAUAUCAAACCAAAGAUGAAGUUUUAGAAGACGAACCUGAAACUACGGAUAAAAAUGAUCCCAAAAACCAAAAAGCCACAGCGCCAACACCAGAUGUAACGAAACCAAAGGAAAACCAAUUCAAUUACUCAAAAGAAUAUUUAGAAAACUUGGAAAGACUACGAACUAAUUCUAGGACGGAGGUUCCAGAUUGCAACUGUUUUCCUGCUGACAAGAACCCGCCGGAGCCUGGCAGCUAUUAUACUCAUCUAGGUUCAGCUUCUAGUCUGGCAGAAUUGAGGAGGGAGCUAGAGGCUCGGACCGGCCUGUCAGGCAAGGAGCUUAGAAUAGAAAAGAUCUGUUACACUGGGAAAGAAGGGAAAACAGCUCAAGGUUGCCCUAUGGCAAAGUGGGUAAUCAGACGAGCGAACUACACCGAGAAAGUCCUAGUCGUAGUGAAGUGUCGAAACGGUCACAAAUGUCCCACCGCUUGGAUCGUUGUGUGUCUGGUCGCCUGGGAAGGCAUCCCUCAGUCGGAGGCGGAUCUCGACUACACUCUUCUAUCGCACAAGCUGAACAGAUACGGCCUACCUACCACGAGACGUUGCGCCACUAACGAAAACAGGACGUGUGCCUGCCAAGGUCUGGACCCGGAAACGUGCGGCGCCUCUUACUCCUUCGGCUGCUCGUGGUCCAUGUACUACAACGGAUGCAAAUACGCCCGUUCAAAGACAGUUCGGAAGUUUCGGCUCUCGGUGAAGACGGAGGAGAGUGAGAUUGAAGAACGCAUCCACGUGCUGGCGACUCUGCUCAGCCCGCUGUACAUGAACCUGGCGCCGAGGGCGUUCGACAACCAGUGCCAGUUCGAGAAGGAGGCGUCGGACUGCAGACUGGGCUUUAAACCUGGCCGACCUUUUUCUGGUGUGACUGCGUGCAUCGACUUCUGCGCGCAUGCGCACCGCGACCUGCACAACAUGAACAACGGCUGCACGGCCGUGGUGACGCUCGCCAAGCACCGCGCGCUCAGCCGGGCCGGCGACGAGCAGCUGCACGUGCUGCCGCUCUACGUGCUCGACGACACCGACGAGUUCGGCUCCAAGGAGGGCCAGGACGAGAAGGUCGCGAGCGGCGCGCUGGAGAUACUCGACAAGUAUCCCAUGGAGGUCCGUGUGCGCUCAGUGCCGUUACAGCCAUGCAGGAGGCACGGCAAGAAGCGGAAAGAAGAAGACAGCGGGGACUCUGCGAACAACUCGACUAACAACACACCACAACAAAGUCCUGGAAACAAUCAGAAAAAGACUCAGUGCUCUACCCCCACGCCUCGAACUCCGCAACCUGACGCCAGGAAUAACGCGAGUCCACGAAGCCAAAGCAGCUCAUCGCCCAGAGCCGGCACCCCGUCUUUUAACCAGUCCAACCCAUCCGCGUUUACCAAUAACCAACACUACAAUUCCGCUUUCAUCAACCCUAACAUGCACAACCAGAGUCAAGGCGGUCUCAUGAAUCCGAACUUGGGCAACCCUGCCUUGUUGGACAUGGCGACAAUGAUUGACAACUUCACCGAUGCCCAACUCCAGAGCAAUCAGAUCUCGAGCACAGUUUUAGACUCUCCAUACAAUCCGUACGAUCAAAGCUACAAUCUCCAUCAUCAAAACGCCAUAUACCAAGCAAACUCUAUAGCGGAAAAUAAUUCGUGCCAAAAUCAAAAUCCCAACCAGCUGCCCAGCUUUGCCACCGGUCUCCCGAAACGAGAUCAACAGUUCAAUGCCGCUAACACUCAGAUCAAUGUACAGAAUCAAUGGCAUGACUUUAAUAGCGCUCAAAUAUUCAAUAAUGUGGUUAAAGAAGACCCUGAUUCUACGACGGCUCAUUUGAACGUUCCCCCGAAUAACUACAGUCCAGAUUCGAACAGGAGCGACACCAACUCCAAUCAAAUGCUACAAAAAAAUAACGAAACCGUUAAACAGAGCGCUGUCGGAGAGAUAAAUCAGAAGUUACCGGAAUUCGAGAUGCCAUGUUCCCCGCGCCUGACCGAAUUAUCACAGAACUCACAGAGCACACCCCCGUCUCCGGCGUCAUCUCAAAUAUCCGACCUCAGAUCACCGAACAACGAAUCGCUCAAUUCGUCUGACGUUCGUCAGAGCGUUUGGAAGUCGCCGGAUUCUAAAAACUGGGAUCAGUCGAAACCUAAAGAUCAAUUGACUCUUGAAAAUGAAAAUCUGUUGUUUCGAGUGCCAAAAGCCCGGCCACCGUCUAGAUCGCAGCACGUAAAUCCAGAAAAUUUGGAGAAUCCCACCUUUCUGAAACCUUACCCGCCCUCUGAUAGACCGCACCUCAAUCAGGGCUACGAGCACAGGAGUCCCUACGAUGCGAGAGUGCAAAAUAACACUACCCCACAAACUUCCGCAUCGCAAACAAAUUACACUAUCAAUCACGAAGAAAUCAAUCAAGCGACAGCAAACAAACCUGAUUUCACCGGAAACAAUUUUCAUCCCGUUAACCAAACCUCGUACGGAAACCAAGCUCCCAUUCAAGGAUAUGGAAAUUAUCCGCAGAUGACAAACGCCUAUCCGUUUUCAGCCAGUCCGUACGGACAUUUCAACCCGUAUGAGAAUUCUUACAACGACUAUAACCUCGCUUACUACAAUGCAGAAAAAUACAAAAGAGAGGAGUUAUUGAGAAACUCGCACUGUUACAAUUCAUACGGGUAUCAGUACAACCCAAAUUUCACCUCCAACUUUUAUCAAAAUCCGAGUCCGAAUUGGUGUCAAACAUCGCCAAACUGGUGUCUGUACCCACCACCGUUCACUAUCCCGUACCCACCGGAACCGCCUAAAGCUGAGCCCAUCGGCGAAGUCACAGAAUACACCGAGAAUCUGGAAUGCUUUAAAGACAGCCAAAUGGGGGGCGUCGCCAUCGCUCUCGGACAUGGAAGCGUCCUGUUCGAGUGCGCCAAACACGAGAUGCACUCGACAACCGCCGUCAGAGCUCCGAACCGAGUCACUCCGACCAGGAUCUCGCUCGUAUUCUACCAGCACAGGAACUUGAAUCGACCUAAGCACGGGCUCGAGGAGUGGGAGGAAAAGAUGAGGUUGAAGAAAUUAGGGUUAAAUCCGCCGACGCCUAGCACCCCGGCACCGGCCGCGAUCGCACCGACGCCGGUCGCAAGGCCAGGGCCAAUAGGACCGAUUGCGGGGCCAGGGUCGACGGGUCCAAGGUCUGCGGGCCCGGGCCCGGCGCUGGUGCGUGCCGAGACGCACACGACGACAUCAUGGACGACGCUGUUCCCCAUGCACGGCUGCACGGUGACGGGCCCCUACCAGGAGUCGGCCACCUGACACAAGCCUCCGCUCGCUGAGCGCCCCCGAACGGACAAAACUCUUCCAUAGAUGUCUAAGUUCUAUGUUGCCUUUCGAUAUUAGAUAGUUAGGUAGCGCGCUUCCUGAGAGAGGCUCGCUGCGGGCGGCGCGCCGAGCCAGGUCCGGUGAGCGAUCGUAGUCGGGAUCCACGACGCCUCACGACGCCUUCACGACGCGUUAGUAACGCGCACCGAGUGAGUUGCAAUCAAAGAUGUAAUUUUAAGUUACGUAGUAGUGUCUGACAGCAUUUCAACUAGUCUUACGUUUCACCGCAAUGUCGACGUGACGACGUGUUCCGUAGCGUUUGUUUUUGUAUAUUAUAGUUACGCCGGUGCGCGCACGUCCCCUUGUAAGCAACGGAUUUGAUGUACGUUUUAUUUUUUCCUGCAUAUUUUGUCGAUAUUUUUUUGUCUAAUUAAGCGCAUGAACAGGCUUUAUGCGAUUCAAUGAUCUCAUAAACUACUAACCCUACAUUAAUGUUUAUUCAGAACAAAAGUACAAGACGCCGGGUCGUGUAGGCCCCGCGGGGCCCGGGACGCAGUCGUUGGAAGUCUUUAUAGAUAUUUUUGUACCUUUGUCUGUGUAUUAGUUGUAUGUUUUAAUGUAACUAUUUUAUUACCAUUCCUAAAUACUUUUUAUGGUUUGUUUUGGCAUAUAUUUCAAAACCGAUCAAAAUCAUGUCGACUUUACGACAUGUCUUUUGUAAACAAAGACGCGAGUGCUUUUCUAUUAGGUUUAAGAUGUGUGUAUUUUUAACUUUUUAGAAUUUUUAACUUAUUUAUAUUGUAUUACGUGAACCAUUAUCGAAUCAUUUUUUCUUUACGAUAAUUUUAGUGUUAUUGUAGCAUUUUAAUAUUUAAUAUAUUUGCUUUAUGACUUGUCAUUAAAUUAUUGCGAUUGUUUUGUGCAUGUUUCUAGAACGCCAUCUUUAAUUUUCAAAACGAGUGCCUGUAUAUUCGGCUAUAAUUUAAUGAUUGAUAUUAAUGAAGAAUCUAAAAUAACGAAAAACUGUUGAAAUUGUGAACUUAUAUUUUUAAUCGAAUUACGCAUUCAAUGAAAUAAUUUGUGUAAAAUUAGAUACGAAGAGAUGUAAUAAUUUUAAAUUAUAAAAUCCAAACAAUAAAAACGAUUCGUAAUAACGUAUGUUGCAUAGGGAUAGAUUUAUUGCCAGUACUAAAAAAAUGUUCUCAGGCGCUUGGAAAGAUUAUAAAGUAGGCAUAUUAUUAAAUAUGAAUGAAAACAUACUGAUUGAUGGUUAUUAAUAUAUAAUUAGCUUGUAAGGAAAGUUUGUUUUAAAGAUUAAACUAUUGAUAUAGUUUAUAUUUUUUACGUGUACGUAUUUAUUGAAUGGUAAAUUUAUUGGGACGAACGUGAAAUUAUUUAUAGGUAAAAGUUUUGAAUGAAACAAAACUUAUAAAAAAUAAGCAAUAAUAGACAACGGAUUCUAUAUACGUUGUAAUGUUAGGUGUGCAAAAAAAUAAAAAUUAUAUUAAACGAAUGGUGCGAUAAUAUCGACAGUCUUAUGGUGAAAGCUUGUCUAUGGUACGUUCGGUCGACACCGACAUAGAAUCUGCCUAAAUGUAUUCCGUUAUGUAUUGUUUGUGUAUAAACAUUGGUAUUUCCCAGAGUUCUUGCCAUUAAUUAAGUUAAUAACUUAUAUCUCUUCCAAAAUCAAUAAAUCGACGAGACAUAUCAACGAAUCAAUCACAAUAUUAAUAAAAAAGUAAAUAAUCAGAAUGAACAUCACCAAGAGGCAAAGAAUUUCGAGAACAAAAUCGUGAUUAGUUACAAAAACGUUUUAUGUAAGACACUGUAUCAUUAGGGUUGCAUUAGAUACCUGUGAUAUAAUCGUAAUGUCACGAAUGUUUGGCUGUUGCGUGCUUGUUUAAUACCAGUGUGAUCGUUCAUCAAGUAACGUACCUAUGUUUUAUUGUUUCCAAACCAAAAACAACCAGUAUUCAAGAGUUGUAGCCAAAAAUAAUGAGUUUAGUUUGUGUCUUGGGUAUUACCAAUGUGAAGCCUUUCGCCGAGUAACUCGUUUUUUUAUUUAGAAAAGAAAUGUCGAUUGAUUGUUUGGCUUUCUAUUUGAUUUUUUAAAAUUGUGAUGAAUUGUGAAAGUCAACGAUUUUUUUUUUGAGUAGAGUUAAUGCCCGAAGUCGGCUCAGUGCUACUCAGUCUUCAUUUCCAAGAAAAUUUGUGUAACGAUAUUUUAAUCGCAUUUUCUGCCAAAACAAAAGAGUAAAUCGAAUGUGUCAUGUAAAUAGAACUACCAUUAUUUAUUAAUACAAUUAAUUUAAAAAAAUAUGCUAUUCUUUUAUUUAUUUUUCCCAAAUACCAAACUUCGGAUUUUGUAGUGAACUAUUUUGUUUGAAUUUUGUUAUGUUUAAUAUGACGCACAUACAAAUGAUGUUUUUAAAGAGGUAUAGAAAUUUGAAAUUGAAUAAAACAAAGAUGUUUUUUUUAAAUUAACAAUAAAUUUUUCAUACACUUUU